AGCAUCUGUAUACGUGUGCUGGUUAAAUUUGUGCAUUAGAUCAUCAAAGGCAGCGUAGAUGCGUAAGGAGGAGAUGGAAGACUAUAAUGAUCACUAUCACAGAAAAGACAACAGAGAGAUUUUGAACACAUCAGCAAAUGCAGAAUCAAACCAGCUGAGAGUCUGCCGUAUAGUUGGAGUGUCCUUUGGGCUGCUGUGUCUCCUUCAAGUGACUCUGAACAUAACUCUGCGUCUCCUCUACAUUGAAUUCAACAACCUGACCAAUGACGGACAGGAGUGUCAGAUGGGAUACGGCUCGCUGGUUGAAGAAAGAGACCUUUUGCUGACCAAUUACACCAAACUGUCGGAAGAAAAAGAGCUGUUACUAAUCAACUACACCACUCUGGCUGAAGAAAGAGACAGGCUUCAUAAGGAGCUUGAUGACCUGGUGGGAUGGAAGAGUUUCCAAUCCAGCCUCUAUUUCUUCUCCAUUGAGGACAGAAACUGGACUAUGUCCAGGAAGGACUGUAGACAGAGAGGAGCUGACCUGGUGAUUAUCAACAGCCAAGAGGAACAGUCUUGA